AACAUGCGCAGUUCUGCCACAGAAGAUUGGAUGUGUUUUUAGCAUCUGGAAAAACAGAUUUGCCAUUAACGUUAACUAGAAUUAAAUGAAAUAUGCUAUCCAACAAACGCAAAACUUUAGCUUAUGUGGAAAAGAUAUGAUAAUAAUAAUCUAAUAAUUAUAGUAGUUAUACACAGACAUAUUUGCUAAGAUUAUUUCUAAAUUGACUUUAUCUAGCUGAUGUUGACUAUACUAGAUAACGCAAACUAGAAAACAUUCUUAGAUAACAAGAGCAGUAGCUAAGUUAGCUAUCUAAUGUUAGCUAUAUUGGAUGUAGUGGCAAAAAAUGUAGCCUGUGUAGGUUAUACUACUGCUACCUCAAUGUCGUUGUUUGCAUGUAAUUGGAGGACAAAUUAGACAGGUAACAUUGCAGCAUAUGUUGUGAUUUGUUUGUUUAUAUUUGAUAUUUUAGCUACCUAGCUAAAACUUAAAAAUGCCAAAAGCAUAUCAACUCAGAAGACACUUGAAUGCAUUUUGAAGACAUCACUCAAUAUGGAGGAUGGGGAGGAUCUUGAGAUGCUGGGGGAGAAGCUGUAUGGCCUAAUAUAUCCUAGGCACGUGGAAAUGGCUGGGAAACUAACAGGGAUGUUGCUGGAGCUGCCUGGUUCUGUACUGGCACAGAUAAUGCAGGAUGAGGCUAUGUUGACUGAGGCUCUGAAUAAAGCAAUCAGUGCUCUCCAGCAGUCCGGGGACAACAGCAGUGAGAUGGAGCCCCAGGAGGAAGAUCAAGCAUCUACUUCCUCAGACUCGCUGGGUGAACAGCUGUACAAGCUUGUGGAAGUCUACAACACUGGUCUCACAGAGAAAAUUACAGGCAUGUUGUUGGAGCAAAAGAAACUGGAGGUGCAGAAACUUCUCUUUGAUCCUGGCCUUUUGGAGGAAAGGGUUAAUAUUGCAUUGAAGAUGCUGGAGGAUGGACAAAGCCCAGAAGAGACGGACGUUAGUGACUUCUCAGAUCCUGAUGACGCAGAGAGGUUGGGGGAGAAACUGUUUGCGAUCGUGCGACAGAUCGAUGCAGUAAAGUGUGCUGACAUCACAGGCAUGCUGCUAGAAAUGGACCAUGGAACACUGAGGCAGGUUCUGAGUGACCAGGCCAUGCUAGAGGCAGCUGUUCAGAAAGCCCAGUCAGCACUGCUGGGACAUGACAGUCACACCCCCUCAGACCACACCACCUUGUCAUCAGGGACAGAUUCUUCAGAGAGCAAGCAGACUUGAGCACAGGACUUGACUGAUCCAGAACACACAGAGUGACUGCGGGUGUAAAGAAGCAUGGACAGACUACUGUGGCUGUCUACAACAAGAGCUUGAGACUGAGGCCUUAGUCAAUAACGUCUCAGCAAUGACUUCUGUACAACACUGCGGUAUGUGUGGCGCUGAGGGGCCCUGAGGGGCCAUGGCAACAAUGCAGUUAAAUAAAUCUUGUCUUCUUCGCAGGGCACUUUGUAUCAAGAGAAAAUAUAAUGUAUAUAUAGUGCCACAUUCCUGAUUCAUAAUCAGAUUUCAAGCUUGAAAAAAGGCCUUACUCCCCAGGUUCAUGUAGUAAUUCUGCACAUUGUAGAUAAAAAAUAUAUUUCUUUUAUAAUGAAAUUGAUUAGGAAAGUUAUUGUGGAAUACAGGAGAAUUUAAUUGUGGUGUUCUCUAUUUUAAUGUAUAUUUUGGACCGUGCCAAUUGGCUCACAAAAAGCUGCCAUUUAUGAGGUUUCAGUCUUUUACCCAUUAUUUCAUAACCAUGAAACCUCAUGAAAGGGGUUAAGGUAUUUGCACAAAAGCAGAUCAAUGUAAUGAAACCCUGAAAAUGAGCUACAGUACAGGCAAAGAAUUUGUUCUGCGGAGGUGCUUAAACAGUGAAUACUCACUGAAGAAGCAGCAGUGAUAAUGUACGGAUAUAAACACAUUAUCUUGGCAAUUUUUGUUAACGUAGGGUGUUUUAAACUUGCUCCUGGUGACCCACUGCAUAUGCAGGUUUUUGAUCCUACCAUAAUUGCAUAGUAAUGAGCUGUUAUCUGUCCUUAAUUAGUUCUGUGUAGCACAUGAUUCCUUUAGAAAGAGGUUACAUUUAUGAAUCGAUGCAAUUAUAGGCUGACAGGGCUACAAUCACUGAGGUCCUUGAAAUUGUGGUCCACUGUUCACUGAAACUAAUCUAUUUGUGAAAAAUGAUGGGUUCAGUAACAGAGCAAAGGGUAGAGAGCCAAACCUGCAUUAUGUUGUAAUUAGCAAAAGUACAAAAUUGUUAGAACCCAAACAUGUUUUCAACAAUCUUAAUUGAUCAAGAUAUUGGCUGUGACCAAAAACUAUACAGGGUGGGUCCACAGGACAGAGUUUACAAACCACUGUGUAAUGAGUGAGUGAAUGCUGUUUUAUCAAUGAAAGUAAUUCAACAUUGUAAUCAUUUAGAAUUUUGCUCCAAAAUGUCUCAAAGUGUCAAGCUGUAGAAGGAAAAUGAUGUCCAUUUAUUUACAAUAAAUUUCUUUACAGGUG